AUGUCAAAGCUUGCGGAGCUGAAGAAGUACACGGUUGUCGUGGCAGACACCGCAGACUUUUCGCUGCUGGCGAAGUUUGAGCCGGAGGACGCCACAACGAACCCGUCGCUCGUGCUCGCCGGCAGUCAGCUGCCACAGUACGCCAAGCUUCUUGAAGAUGCGGUGACGUUUGCGAAGGAGAACGUCGGCCGUCUGCGCGAUGGACUGACGCCUGGUGCCGACGAGAAGGCGCACGUGUUGGAGUUGGCCGUCGACAAGCUGACCGUGAGCUUCGGGGUGGAAAUUCUCAAGGUCAUCCCUGGGCGCGUGAGUACGGAGGUGGACGCGCGGCUUUCGUACGACACGGCGCGAAUGGUGGCCAAGGCGAAGCACCUUGUGCGGCUCUACGAGGAAUGUGGGUACGCGCGGUCCCGGCUGUACAUUAAGCUGGCUUCCACGUGGGAGGGCAUCCAGGCGGCCCGCCAGCUUGAGGCGGCGAACAUCAACUGCAACCUCACGCUGCUCUUCUCGUUUGGGCAGGCCGUCGCCUGCGCCCAGGCCGGCGUCAGCCUCAUCUCUCCAUUCGUGGGCCGCAUCCUGGACUGGUACAAGACUCACCACCCGGAGCAGGCCGACAGCUACGUGGGCGCGCAGGACCCCGGCGUCAUCUCCGUCACCCGCAUCUACAACUACUUUAAACAGCACGGCUACAAGACGGUCGUGAUGGGCGCCUCCUUCCGCAACACAAAAGAGGUGCUGGAGCUGGCGGGGUGCGACAAGCUAACUAUAUCCCUCAAACUGCUGGCGGAGCUCGACAGUUCCAUCGGCGCUGUCCCACGCAAACUCGACCCGGUGCACCUCACGGAGAAGACGGAGAAGCUGCCGGAGUUCACAGGGCCGGAGUCGCUCUUCGCGGCGGAGCCCAACACGAUGGCGAAGGAUAAGCUGGAGGAGGGCAUCUGCGGCUUUGCGAGGGACACGGAGAAGUUGGAGGCACACAUCGCUGCAUUGCUGUAG